CCGACUGAGUUACAUGGGUAAGCUUUUAGUAUGCUUAUGCCGAGACACUGGUCUACAAUGAGUGUUCCGCAUAUCAAAUCCAGAAUCAAUGCUCUCAAAGGAUGCUCAUGCUGAAUUAUCAAUUCUAAGAUCGCCUCGUAGCGGAGACAGCGACGGACUCGGAGCUGAUCCUUGGCGCUUUUCCUGAUUCGGCCGUAGCGACAUGGAGCUAAUCAAUCCAAUUGACAGCACGUCAACCAUUGCCUUCUCACUGCAGACAUUGCAGCUCCUUUUCCCCAUCAAAAGUUUGCCUGAAGCCAUCUUGCGCAUCAGAGCACGUUGUUCGCCUUUUCUUUGCGUUUUUUGAGAGGCUCGGGCCAUCCCACACGCGAACUUUGGGCAGAGUAAAAUCGCCCAAGUCGCCUUCACCAUGGCCGAUCUGCAGGAGCUUCUCCAGCGGCUAAACGGCGGCGGCGCUUCUGGUGGCAAUCACCAGCAGCUUCCCUCCAGCCAACAACAGCACCCUCAUUACCACCAACCCUCCGUCUCUUCGCCCAUCUUCUCGCCCGCACCGAGCGGCCCAGCUCCACACCAUUCUUCGCACGUCCUGUCGCCCAAUAUGUCGUCUGCAAACACGCCCACGCCCGAACACGGCGCCGGGUCCGUGUCGCAGCAGACGCCACAACAGCAAUCGGCUAGCCUGCUGAGCCUGCUGCGCUUCAACCCGGGUCUUGGUCAACGCAGUGUCUCGCAGCAGCCCCAGCAGCAGCAGCAGCCACCCGUUGCCCCGGCCCACGGUCGCACUGUCUCGGCCUCCGACUUUGUCGCCGGCUUUAUGGGCAACCGGCCGGGUUCGCAGGGCUCCGUCCCCGCAGCGCCAUCUGCCGUGCAGUCGCCUCCCCCAGCUGCAGCAUCUGAGAAUCCUCAGGACCUGCUCUUGCGUCUGCUGAACCACCCCAAGCCUUCACAGUCGCCCGCCCGCUCAUCGCACGCGUCUGCUGCCGCCUUUUCACCUCCAGUUCUCUCCUACAUGCCUGAGACGGCUGUGGAUGACCUGGCACAAGACCUGGCUGCUGCAGCUUUGGAGAAGUCCGCGGCUGACCCUUUUGCAAGUGCUACGGCUUCGCCUUUGAAUGUCUUUGGCAACGAUGGCAUAGGCAAUGCACCUCGUUCUCAAAAUGAGACCGCGUCGCUGGCACCAAAGUUCACCUACGUCAAUCCUUUUGAUCAACUCGCUGCCGCUAGCCCUCGAAACCGCACGCCAGUCGCCGAGACUUCCCGGGCGGCUGUGCCGAAGAUGGAGAUUUUGAAGCCCAAGCACAUUACUGAUGCUGCCAUUGCCGCUGAAGAAGCCCCCGCCCAUUCGCACGAAACUGUGGCUGAGGCUGUGAGCGACUUGGGCGAGCAGGUCAACCAGCAGAUUGAGGACGCUCUUGCUGAAGCUGAGGGCAAGUCUACUGCUCAGAUCAAACAUGAGCUUAAUAACGUCACAGCAGACGAGGUCAAGGAGAUUGAAGAGACCGUCGUCGACAUUGCUGCUCAGAUUACCAAGGAGCUUGAGAAAGAGAGCAUCAAGAAAGAGUUUGAGCAAUCCGUGCCCAAGCCCCUUGCUACUGCUUUGCGACAAGUGGCAGCUGAGGUUGCCGAUGCCGAUGUGGUUGAGAAUUGGGAGACCGCUGAGGCUGAAGAGAGUCUUGCAAAGGGUGAGGACCAGACGGUAAUAGUCUACAGGUUCCCCAUGCGUGCGUUUGCCUCCAUUACGGUCCAGGACAUGCCUCCUCGACGUCUUUUCUUUCAACCCGAACUUUUCAUGGAUAUCGCUAGGAUCAAGAAGGACUUCGAUCAGAUCGACCGUUCGCUGGUCUCUGCGAGCAAAAACUUCAUCGUUUACACCCUUACUAAGAAGGGCGGCUUCCGCAUCAUCCGCCAGGAGAACGGUAGUUACCGCCAGGUUUUCGAGAACCAUCAGGAACGCAUCUUCAACAUUGCUGUUUGCAGUGCCGGUGAAGACACCCAGCAGUCUCUCGAGAGCAUCCUCGGUAUUGGCGUCAAUGGCACUGUCUUCUGGACAUCCAUUGAUCCUAGCCGCGAGGACCAGUUCGGCGAGAACCUCGAUUCCCAGGGACUCCUGCUCCCCCCGUCGCCCUCGCAGGAUGACAACACGUCUGGUGGCCAGCUGAAGACUCGCGCCAAGCCGUCAUCGCGACACCCCGAAUUCUUCGCAGUCGGCCGCGGCAAGUCUAUCCACAUAGUCUUUCCUCGCGUCGCCGCAAGCUACGUCCGCCAGAAGUCUCGCAUCUGCCACACUGAGAAGUACCUCAAGGAACGCUCGCUGAAGAUCCUGACUGGCAAGGCUGGCAAGGACUUCACCUUCAGUGAGGACGAUACUGUCAUCGUUUCCCUCGACAAGGCUGGGCGCAUGCGCUUUUGGGAUAUUCGCACGCUUACUGACCCGGAACUCGGUAUUCCGGGCAAUGCGCCUAGGAACGUCGAGGUAUCCGAGACUUUGCUCGAGUUCCACACCACGACACCGAAUGCCAAGUCAUGGCCCACCUCGGUCUUCUUCUUCGACAAGGACAAGCCAUAUACUAAGGGUAUCGCGCUUCGUUAUGUCAUGGUCGGGAUGAAGCAGAACCACUCGUUCCAGCUAUGGGACCUGGGACUCGGCAAGGCUGUGCAAGAAAUCAACCUCCCACACGGCAACGAAUCCGACGCUAUUUGCAGCGUCUCGUUCCACCCGAAGACUGGCAUCAUGGCUGUUGCCCACCCCACCCGCAACUCCAUCUUCUUCGUGCAUGUAUCCUGUCCAAGGUACAACCUGCCCCUUUUGAGCCAGGCCGAGUACAUCUCCCGUCUUGCAAACAAGGGCACAUUGCCUCCCGUCAACGCGACCGCUAUCAUGACGAGCAUCACUGAGUAUUCGUUUGCUUCCAAGGGUCAGAUCAGGAGUCUCCACAUGCUCAACGAGCCUGCUGGACCUGUCGACGCUGACGAACCGGAUAACGCUGCUCUGUUUGAGUUGUACGCAAUGCACUCUAAGGGUGUAUGUUGUCUGCGUAUCCGCCGUAGUGAUCUGGGCUGGAAGAAGGAGAUUGGCGAGCCUCUCAACCCGAAGGAAGCCGAAGAGGAGGGCGUCAUCUCCAUCUCUCUGCUCAAGCCACCUGCGCCUGCGCCUGCUACUGUCACCGGUGACGAAUCAUCAACCGCUGGCGACGCCCCCAACGCUCCUCGAUCUGUAUCUGAUCGCUCUGCCCGCGAGAGCGUGAAGAAGGAGGGCAGCAAUGUUACUAGGCAGACUAUGACUACGGAGGCUGCGAUGCGUGCCGCUACUCCUGCCAAAAUUGAGAGUAAACAAGAUGCCGCUCGUGCUGCCACCCUCAACGGCGGCGCUGCCGAGAAGACAGAGAAGAAGAAAAAGAAGCGCUCCGCUGCAGAGACUGCCUCUCAGGCUUCGACCUCAACCCGCGCGCCUCCCUCGUCUUACGCGCAGAUCGCCCAAGCACCAGCCCAGAGCAAGUCCCCCGCAUCUGAACAGACUGUAGCACCUACACCAGCUGCCGCCGCGCCCACUCCUGUGGCUGAGCCAUCUUCCGCGAAGGCUGCUGAUACCGAGGUUCCUGGUUGGGCCAAGCAACUCAUGGGCAAGUACAUGCAGCAGUCGGCAGCAGCGCCUGCGCCCACCGCAGCCCCUGUUGAGUUUGAUGAGAAGAAGCUCGAACAGGUCGUCUCGUCUGAAAUCUCCAAGGGCUUUUCUCGCGAGCUGGACGUCAUGUACAAGCGAUUCGACGAAGACAAACGUGUCCUGAACGCCGCCAACGGGGCCAAGCAGGAGGCGAUUCUUCGUCUUGUGUCCAGUACCUUGACUGAGAACGUCGAGGGCGUAAUCCGCGAGAUGGUCGAUGAGAAUAUGCGUAACGUCCUGCUCCCGGAGAUGCUCGCAAAGACGUCUUCGACACUUGAGCAAAGCAUUGGCAACAACCUCAAGACUGCUCUCGGACCUCAGCUGUCUAAGGAAAUUCCUGAUGCCGUUUCUCGGGCCCUCAAGUCUCCUCAAAUCUUCCAGUCGCUGUCUGAUCAGGUUGCCAAGAAGGUUACCAGCGGCUUUGAGCCCAUGGUGGUCGCGUCUGUUGGAUCCGUUGUCACUCCGGCCAUCGCUAAGCUGACCACUACUUUCGAACAGCAGAUCGGCGAGCAGCUUCGCCAAUCUCAACUUCAGCGACUAGAAGACGCAAAGAAGAUCACGCAACUCACUGAAACCGUGCACACAUGCCUCGAGACAAUGCAAUCGAUGUUUGCGACUCAGGCUGAGCUCCAGGCUCAGAUCGUCAAGCUACAGCAAUCGAUUGCGCAGCCAGCCCCAGUCCCGCAGGCACCUGUGUCCAGGCAGGAAGCUGCGCCCGCUGUAAAGCAGAAGACACCGGAGGAACUGGAAAUCGAGUCGAUUACCAAUCUUCUGACUCAAGGCAACUACGAACAGGGUACUAUGCAGUGGCUGCAGUCACCCCAUACUGAAGAGCUGUUCGAUGCCAUCUUCGUUCGCUGCAACCCCGGCUACCUGCGACAAGUUAGUCCCUUGCUCGUGUUGUCGACCGGUGCAGUCGUUUCUGAGCCACUGGAGCACAACCUGGAGCAGCGGUUGGCCUGGCUCGAUGCUGUUCUGCAGAGCGUCAAUCCUCAUGACAACGAGAUCAGGGAUAUUGUCCCCAAGAUUAUGGAUGUCAUGAUCCAGCGUCUGACGGCCAAGUACAUCGAGCUCAACGAGACUACGCCGGGCAACCCUCUUCUUCGUCGCAUCUCAGCUCUUGUCAGUCGCUGCAACGACAUGACGCGUGCUUCUCGGGGUUGAGAGACGACGACGGACAUGGACUAGCUUUGCUCGGGUCUGAUCUUGUGCUGAAAUGCCGGGAUUUCCGAUUUGCGUCUUGCUUGUUCGCCGUCCAGACAGUCGAUUAAGCUUGCACUUUCGUGCACUUUGAAAUUUUGCGAAGGGCGAUUGGAGCGGGUAUUU